AUGUCUGCCCAAGCUAAGAUUUUAUCUCAAGCUCCAACUGAGUUGGAAUUGCAAGUUGCUCAAGCUUUCCUAGAAUUGGAAAACUCCUCCGCUGACUUAAAAGCUGAAUUGAGACCAUUGCAAAUCAAAUCCAUCAGAGAAAUUGAUGUUGCCGGUGGUAAGAAAGCUUUAGCUAUCUUUGUUCCAGUUCCAUCUUUGGCUGCCUACCACAAGGUUCAAACUAAGUUAACCCGUGAAUUGGAAAAGAAAUUCCCAGACCGUCACGUCAUCUUCUUAGCUGAAAGAAGAAUCUUACCAAAGCCAUCUAGAACUGCCAGACAAACUCAAAAGAGACCAAGAUCUAGAACUUUAACCGCUGUUCACGACAAAAUCUUAGAAGACAUGGUUUUCCCAACUGAAAUUGUCGGUAAGAGAGUUAGAUACUUAGUUGGUGGUAACAAGAUCCAAAAGGUCUUAUUAGACUCCAAGGACAUCCAACAAGUUGAUUACAAAUUGGAAUCUUUCCAAGCUGUUUACAACAAAUUAACUGGUAAGCAAAUCGUCUUUGAAAUCCCAGGUGAAACCCAUUAA